AUGGCUAUUUCCAAGAAUUUACCACUUUUAAAUAACCACUUCAGAAAGCACUGGCAAGAACGUGUCAGAGUUCACUUUGACCAAGCUGGUAAGAAGGUUGCUAGACGUCAAGCCAGAGCUGCUAAGGCUGCCAAGAUUGCUCCAAGACCAUUAGACUUGUUAAGACCAGUUGUCAGAGCUCCAACCGUUAGAUACAACAGAAAGGUCAGAGCUGGUAAGGGUUUUACUUUUGGUGAAAUCAAGGCUGCUGGUUUAACCCCAGCUUACGCCAGAACCAUUGGUAUCGCUGUUGAUCACAGACGUCAAGAUAAGAACCAAGAAACUUUUGAAGUCAAUGUUCAAAGAUUAAAGGAAUACUUAUCUAAGAUCAUUGUCUUCCCAAGAAAUGGUAAGGUUGAAGCCGAACAAGUCUUAUCUACUGCCGCUGCUUUCCCAAUUGCUCAACCAUCUACCGAUGUUGAAGCCAGAGCUGUUGAAGCCACUGAACAAUCUGCUUACAGAACUUUAAGAUUAGCAAGAUCUGAAAAGAAAUACAAGGGUAUUAGAGAAAAGAGAGCUAGAGAAAAGGCUGAAGCUGAAGCUGAAAAGAAGAAAUAA